CAAAGGAUCAUGCAUGGGAACGAAAGAAAUACAGACAAUGCAUGUCCAAGGAGUGCUAAAAGAUUUAAAGCAGGCGAGGAGCUUCCCUCCACACUCGCGAGCCUCCACUCUACCAAGUACACUCAUAUCCGCUUCAUUGGAUAUGUCAUUCCGACUACGCCCGCUAACAUCGUCGCCGUGGGUGAUCCUAAUGGUCAAGGUGCCGUUGCAGGUACUUAUCUCGGUCAUGAAAAUGUACAAAAGGACAUUCAAGGGCGUUUGUCUGUCCUUCAAGUCGCCGUCAAGACUGCGAAAGCCCAGCUUCCUUCCAACGACGUGAAUGGGACAGUGCUGACUGUUUUUUGCGCACCUGAAUUCUUCUGGCAUGGCCAUGAGGGUCCUUAUUUACACACGAGCAAAGCAGAGGACCCUGCUGAUGUAAUUUUACAGGCGCUGGCGGACGCGUUCCCCGCCAAUGAGUAUCCACAUUGGUUGUUUAUCUGUGGGACUGCUAUCACUGCCCGUGUCGAAAACAAGGAGAAACUCUACAAUUUAAACUCUACCAUAACACGAAAUGCUGUGGUGGAAUCCCUGUGCCGACAACUAAGACAUUGCUAUGGACCUCUGUCCGAGGUGAUCAUGGAUAUGCUGGUCGGCUUUAUUAAACAUUGCCACGCUUACCCAUUGCUGUCCGUCCGGAACAGAGCCUUGAUUCUCGGCAGUAAUCUACAUGAUGUGUCAAACCAGGAACUGGCCACAAAAACCAUGACUACAGAGAAAUAUUUCUGUAGCAAUGAGGAUUUCUUGCUUUACGAGGUGAACAAACAGCCGGUGGUCACUGAGCAGAUGGUCACCUAUCAAUCCAUUGACCUGACUGCGGGGGACGUCAAGCGACACACACGGGACAAGUACGCAAUUUUCCAAGUAAGCCCUUCGCCGCUCGGUUCAGCUCCUGAUUCCUUCAUCCAAAGUAAAGACAAGAGUAAGCAACCCCCCCUGGUUGAAUCAGGGAUUCCCAUGACGGCGUCAUGGAGGGAAGGUCCCUCCGUGGGAGCAGAACGGGUGUUGGACGUGGCGGUAGAAAUUUGCCUCGAUCAUCGUGAUGUCCGGUUGCGGCGAAACAUUGGGAAUCACCCAUUCCACGUGCAAUUGAUCCCGUCUUGUGGGAUGCAAAUCAAGGAGAACGGGGCGGCAGUGGAAGAGGGGGGCUUGAUUUUCAACGUGGAUGGGCAAUACGCGAUCGGCGGCACCUCCACUUCGGCCUCAGGCCUCCCCCAGAGGGGAAAAAUAAAUGAGGUACCCUGUCUCUUCACGAAUUUCGUCGAUGAGACAAACGAAGGGAGGGCCAGGGGCUUUACACAUCUAUGGAUUCCAUAA